CCUGCGCUACUCCAUCGGCGCUUUUGCCACUAGUUCCCGAGUUCCAGAUCCUCACCAUGUCGGAGACCGCUCCCGCCGCCCCCGCCGCCGCGCCCCCCGCGGAGAAGGCGCCGGCCAAGAAGAAGGCCGCCAAGAAACCCGCCGGGGCGCGCCGCAAGGCGUCCGGCCCCCCGGUGUCCGAGCUCAUCACCAAGGCCGUGGCCGCCUCCAAGGAGCGCAGCGGCGUGUCCCUGGCCGCGCUCAAGAAGGCGCUGGCGGCCGCCGGCUACGACGUGGAGAAGAACAACAGCCGCAUCAAGCUCGGGCUCAAGAGCCUGGUGAGCAAGGGCACGCUGGUGCAGACCAAGGGCACCGGCGCCUCCGGCUCCUUCAAGCUCAACAAGAAGGCGGCUUCCGGCGAGGCCAAGCCCAAAGCCAAGAAGGCGGGCGCGGCCAAGGCCAAGAAGCCCGCGGGGGCGGCCAAGAAGCCCAAGAAGGCGACCGGUGCCGCCACCCCCAAGAAGGCCGCCAAGAAGACCCCGAAGAAGGCCAAGAAGCCGGCCGCGGCCGCCGUGACCAAGAAGGUGGCCAAGAGCCCCAAGAAGGCGAAGGUGACCAAGCCCAAGAAGGUCAAGAGCGCGUCCAAAGCCGUGAAGCCGAAGGCCGCCAAGCCCAAGGUCACCAAGCCCAAGAAGGUUGCUGCCAAGAAGAAGUAGGCUGCCUUCCUCCUCCCGACCCCCCAAAAAAAGGCUCUUUUCAGAGCCACCACCCCGACUCGAGAGAGCUGUGACGCUUGCGUGGUGCGCCGCCGCGGCAGGCUGCGCGGGGUUCCUUCCGGGGCGGCGGGGUCGCCCGUCCUGCCGUGCGCCCGGCGGAGGGAGCGCCCUGCGGGCGGCCGUCCCCCGCGGGGCAGCGCGCGGCGGCGCCGGGCCGCCAGGUGGUUUGAAAGUUCCGCCCUGCCCGCGGGUUGGCUCGCUCCCGCCCGGGUCUCCGGUCCUCGGUUUGAUUGGGUGCCAGCCCGCGGCCGCCGGUCUCCCCCGGGCUGGCGCUUCCUGCGUGAAGGCGCAUCCGGGACUUCCGGGCGCCUCGGGGCCCGUCGGCCGAGAAGUGUGCGAGCGCGCUGGGGGCCGGGCGCGCCUCGGCCUCUCCGGUGACCCGUCCUCCCGGUGAGGUGGCACCCGGUACCGCCCGGGUUGUUUUCUCUGAACUUUUCGGUUCGUCUCCUCUGCGGAGCGGUGCGGGGCGAGCUGCGUCACAGCCUGGUCAGCCAUUUUUUUCUCUCCUUCCUUCCCCAAGUGCACGACCAUUGGACGAUCGCUGCUCUCGUUUUUGUUUUCCUUCAUCCGUUCUGGUUUUUAUAUCGUCCGCCCCAGCGUUGCCUUCCUUCCCCGUAGGGUUUCCUUAAGCGAUGGAUGUGUGGUCGGUGGAGAUCGGGCUCGCGGACAUAACCAGGUUUUUCCUGCUGUUCUCUCUGCAUUCCAAAAUGUUAAGCAAAUGUUAAGCAUGAGUGACUGCCUGUCCGUUGCAAGUUGUGUUGGAUGCUUCCAAUAAAAGCCUUGAGUUUUCA